CUUCGGCACGUGCGCCCCUUGCACGAACGGCUCAUUUGUGCGAUAGCACUCGACACGGGCAGAGCGGUCGAUUCGAAUUGCCGCGCCGGAACAGAAGUCUAACCGUCAUUUCUUCUCCCUCAGUCAGUCCCAAAUCGGGCUUUUCUCUCCUAUCGGUGGACUCGAUGGAGUAAUAUUUGCGAUCACGUGGAGAAGUUUUGCUGUUUUGUUUUUGGCAAUGAAAAACGUAACCUUCCGGUUGUUGUGGCAACUGAAUUUUUAUCGAAAAUGUUGAUGAUGUUCAGCUUCGGGCUGUAAUUGCUAUCACCGCCGUUCGCGAAGCACCACCGUAAAUUUUUGCUCACUCGGAACAAACCGGGACGUGAUGUGAUUUGCAAUAGCAAAUUAGUGACAUUGAAAGGAAGUCGAAGCCGGUUGGUGGUGAUGAGGAGCACUGCGACCGAUUGUGUGGAGCUUUAAGCUCGGUGUAUGCACAGUUGUUUUAUUCGGAAGAUGUGAUUAGAGAUUUUCGUUCUCGACGCGUAACAGUGAAAUAUGUCAAAGGGUUGAGAAACUGUGAUCCAAGUAGUCUAGUGUAAAAAGUGAAUUCUAGAAAAAAAAAUCGAUAACAAUACAGUUCAUUGAGAUUAGGUGAAAGUAAAGUGUAAAGUGGGGGUGAAUUGUUGUCCGAGAGCCAAAAGUGUGCUACGUAUUUUUGAAAGCCGAUACGUAACGGAUGACCGAACGAGCCAACCAGCGACGUCAGAGCUACGAUGACCCACAAAUACGAUGAUACAUUUAUGAUCGUCAGCAUUUGCCUGGCCGCCGGAAUACUCAGCUUCGCGCUCGUUUACUUCGUAAGGAAAUACUUCCAGGGAGGUCAGUUCAAAAACAGAGACAUUCGACUAGACGCCAAAGUGGUAAUCAUUACGGGUGCAAACUCGGGAAUAGGCAAAGAAACAGCAGUCGAAUGUGCCAAACGAGGUGCUCGGGUUUACAUGGGCUGCCGAGAUGCCAAUCGGAUGGAAAAGGCCCGUCAGGAAAUUCUUGACAAAUCGGGCAGUCAAAAUGUGUUCGGUUUGGAACUGGAUCUGGCCUCGAUGGAGUCGAUCAGGAAAUUUGUUAGAACCUUCCUAAGUAUGGAACGCCGACUUCACGUACUGAUCAACAACGGCGGAGUGAUGGCAUGUCCGAAGGGAUACACAAAGGACGGGUUUGAGUUGCACUUCGGGACCAAUCACCUGGGUCACUUCUAUCUGACGAAUCUUCUGCUGGAUCUGCUAAAGAAAACUGCACCCAGCAGGGUGAUUACGGUGUCCAGUAUGGCUCACCGUUGGGGUCGCAUCGACAAGGACGAUAUCAACUGCGAGAAAGAGUACCGACCUUGGGAUGCUUACAUGCAGAGCAAGCUGUGCAAUGUUUUGUUCUCGAGACACUUGGCUCGGAAGUUGCGUGGAACCGGAGUGACCACCUACUGUUUGCAUCCGGGGACGAUCAACACCGAACUGACGAGAUAUCUCAAUCGAUGCAUGAUGAUCCUGGCAAAACCGUUCCUGUGGGUGUUUUUCAAAUCGGCCAAAUCGGGAGCCCAGACGACGCUGUAUUGUGCGAUGGAACCGACGAUCGCGGGCACAACCGGAAAGUAUUACAGCGAUUGUAAGAUGAAGGAUCUGGAUCCACAUGCUAAGGACGAUGCAAUGGCUGAAUGGCUUUGGAGAAUUAGCGAAAAGCUGACCGGACUGAAUCGAUGAGACACGAAGGUGUCGAAGAUCAAACGAGCUUCAACUGAUUAGUAUUAUCUGCGGGGUGCUACUCUCUGACUUCCGUGCGCCUGAGGUUCCGCACUGAGGUGGACGCCAGUGUCGACGAUUAAUAUUUUAGGCUAAGCUAGAAGACAAUAAACCAAUAAACGACAGUAUUUGA